CCGCACACAGCACCGCAAUCCUCAAAGACGUCACUGGCAUCGCCCCCCGCGUCCGCUGUAUGUGCGGCUGCGUCAUCGCUUCCAUGCACACGCCAUCACAGCCACUGUUUACAACACCCUCUGCAACAGGACAACGUGCCCGGAAAAUGACGAACCCUGACGGUGAAUUCGUUCCUCCACCGGAGGCACCGGUGUUUGAGCCGACGCCCGAAGAGUUUAAGGACCCCAUGGCAUACAUAGCGAAAAUUCGACCCAUCGCGGAACAGACUGGGAUUUGCAAAAUCAGGCCACCCCCGGACUGGCAGCCACCAUUUGCAGUGGAUGUGGAGAACUUCAAGUUCACCCCAAGGGUGCAGCGUCUAAAUGAACUAGAAGCAACUACGAGAAUAAAGCUCAACUUUCUAGACCAAAUAGCGAAAUUUUGGGAUCUGCAGGGGUCAAGACUGAAGAUACCCAACAUAGAAAAGAAGGCCCUUGACCUCUAUAACCUUUAUAGAUUUGUCCACGAUGAAGGCGGCAUGGAGCAGGUGUGCCGAGAACGAAAGUGGACCAAGGUUGCAUCACGCAUGGGCUAUGCACCCAUGCGCACUUUGGGCUCGCUACUACGGCAACAUUAUGAGCGCAUCCUCUACCCAUAUGACGUCUUCCAGAGUGGGGCCAACCUUGGCGACGUUAACUUGAGUGAGGACUCUGAAGACUGUGACAAGAAAGAUCGGGACUAUGUGCCCCAUGGCAUACCGUCGCGGCAAGCCAUCAAGCCUCCCCAUGACCGAUCGGCCCGUCGUUCCAAGCGCCAUGGCAAGGAACCGCCAGAGUGUGUGGACAUUGUCGCAGGUGAUGAUGUUGACUAUACGAGCAACAAUGAGCUAAGAAAAUUGCAGUUUUACGGAGCAGGACCGAAGAUGCCUGGCUACUGUCCUAAAGGGUCUGGAAGCACAUGCACUGAUGACAUGAAAGACGAGUGCUGUGAACUGAAAGAUGAGCGAAAACCAAAACCUAUUGAGCAGAUAGUGUGCCACACGUGUGGCCGGGGCGAUGACGAGGAGAGCAUGCUGCUGUGCGACGGCUGUGACGACAGCUACCACACCUUCUGCCUGCUGCCUCCGUUGCCUGAGAUACCGCGGGGAGAUUGGCGUUGCCCACGCUGCGUUGCUGCCGAAGUGCGGAAACCCCAGGAAGCGUUCGGCUUUGAGCAGGCAAGACGUGAAUACACCCUCCAGGACUUCGGUGAGAUGGCGGACCGGUUCAAGUCCAACUACUUCCAAAUGCCUGUGCAUAUGAUUUCCACCGAGACGGUAGAAAAAGAGUUCUGGAGGAUUGUAGCUGCUGUUGAUGAAGAUGUCACAGUGGAAUACGGUGCGGACCUGCACUCAGUGGAACACGGCUCGGGCUUUCCCACAAAGAACAGUGACCUUCUGCCUGGUGACGAGGAAUACAUGAACUGUGGCUGGAACCUGAACAACCUGCCUGUUGUGGAUGGUUCUGUGCUGCGACACAUCAACGCAGACAUCUCUGGCAUGAAGAUUCCAUGGAUGUAUGUCGGUAUGUGCUUUGCCACUUUCUGCUGGCAUAACGAAGACCACUGGAGCUACUCCAUCAACUACCUUCACUGGGGGGAGCCCAAGACUUGGUAUGGAGUCCCCGGUGGUAAGGCGGAGGUCUUCGAAGAUGCCAUGCGCUGUGCUGCGCCAGAGCUUUUCCAAGCACAACCAGACCUGCUUCAUCAGCUGGUUACCAUAAUGAACCCCAAUAUUCUCCAGGCCACAGGAGUGCCUAUAUAUCGAACAGAUCAAAACGCUGGAGAAUUUGUAAUCACAUUCCCCAGAUCUUACCAUGCUGGCUUCAAUCAGGGCUACAACUUUGCUGAAGCUGUCAAUUUUGCACCUGCUGACUGGCUCCCCAUAGGGCGAGUAUGCGUGUCGCACUACAGCAUGCUGCGGCGAUUCUGCGUCUUCUCGCAUGACGAGCUUGUGUGCAAGAUGGCGGCCAAUCCGGAGCAUCUAGACAUCAGUCUAGCAGCCUCCACAUACCAGGACAUGUUGAAGAUGGUGGAGACAGAGAGGGAGCAACGGCGGUGCCUGCUGGAGUGGGGCAUCACAGAUGCGGAGCGCGAAGCAUUCGAGCUUCUGCCAGAUGAUGAGCGGCAGUGUGACUACUGCAAGACGACGUGUUUCCUUUCAGCUGUCACAUGCUCAUGCAAUGGCUCCAAAUUGGUCUGCAUACCUCAUCGGGACCAUCUUUGUGAUUGCCCGCCUAGCAAUCAUUGCCUCAGGUACCGCUACACGCUAGAUGAGCUGCCAGUCAUGCUCCACCGCCUGAAGGUCCGGGCAGAAUCAUUCGAUAACUGGGCUAUCAAAGUGAAGGCUGCACUGGAGGCCACCGAAGAUGAAGACAAGCUGGAGCUUUCUGAGCUGAAGGAAUUGGUUCAAGAGGCCGAGGAGAAGCGCUUUCCGCCGACGGAACUGCUUCAGUCACUGACAAAGGCUGUGCAGGAGUCCGAGAAGACGUCCAGUGUUGCCCAGCAGCUGCUGAGCAAGAAGGUGCGCACCCGUAACCGUCAGUCGCAAGAUGCCAAGUACACAUCUCGGCUCACCCUCGACGAACUGCAGGUAUUCUACGAGCAGCUCUGCAAGUUGCCCUGUGUGAUCAAGGAGUCUGCAAUGAUUCGGGAUCUUGUGGACAGGGUUGUCGACUUCCAAAGCAGUGCCCGUGACCUGCUCACCUUGGAUGAGAUGGGCGAGUCGUGGCGCCUAGAGAAGCUUCUCGAAGCAGGCCUCAACUUGGACAUGGAUCUGCCAGAGGUGCCACAGCUGAAGCAGAAAGUGCAGCAGGCUCAAUGGCUAGAGGAAGUGCAGGCCACUCUGCUGCCACAGCCACAGCCACAGUCGGAGAUGCAGUCGGAGGCGCAGCCACAAGCGGAGAGGGAUCCACCGACACUGGAUGAGCUGCGCCGCCUGCUCGCAGCUGGGGUUGCCAUACCCCCUCACCCAGUCUCUGAGCGUGCCUUGGCUGAGCUGCAAGGUCUCCUGACAGCGUCCGAACGGUGGGAGGAGCGCGCAAAAACUUGUCUGCAGGCACAGCCACGCCAAACACUGGCUGCUUGCGAGGCACUGGCCGACGAAGGAGUCGCUAUUCCUGUCCACCUGCCGAGCCUCGCCGCCCUGAAGGAUGCCAUCCGCCGGGCGAACGAGUGGGGUGCCCGUGCUGAAGCCCUUCAGGGCUCGGAGUCCAAAUACCCUUACCUAGAGAGCCUGGAGAACCUGUUGCAGAAAGGCCGGCCAAUCCCGGUGCGCCUGGAGCAGCUGCCCCAGUUGGAGUCUCAAGUGGCCGCAGCAAAGGCCUGGAAGGAGCGCACGGCACGCACCUUCCUCAAGAAGAACUCUGCCUACUCCCUGCUUGAGGUGUUGUCACCUCGCCGAGACAUUGGCAUCUAUCAGGUCACUGCACGAGGCAAAAAGAAACGUAUGCGUGAUGGACCACCAUUGCCAGAGAAGGAAGAGCCACCAGAGAUCAAAGUGGAAGAGGCCAAGGAUGCGGCCAGCAUUGUGGCUGCUUUCAAAGAGUCCGGUGCACAGGAACUGGAGAGCAUGAAGCAACUACGUGCACACAAUUUGCGGAAGCGCCUCGAGGACACGGGCCAGGCGCGCUACUGCACCUGCCACAAUUUAUUCGGAGGCCACAUGCUUCAGUGCGAGCUCUGCAAGGACUGGUUCCAUGCCAGUUGUGUGCCGACACCCAAGCCGAGAGGUGCGGGCAAGGCUGCCAACUCUGCGGGAGGCAGCAGCCCCGGUGGUGGAGGCUCUUCCUCUCCAGGGGCGUCCGUGGCUUCUGCUGUCCCGGCCAAAGAGAGCAAGUUCCUGUGCCCUGCGUGCCUGCGGUCGCGGCGGCCUCGGCUCGAGACCAUACUGUCGCUUUUGGUGUCACUGCAAAAGCUGCCCGUGCGGCUGCCUGAAGGAGAGGCACUGCAGUGUCUUACCGAGCGAGCCAUGUCGUGGCAGGACCGUGCCCGGCAGGCACUGGCCACCGAUGAGCUGGCGGCAGCCCUGGCCAAGCUGUCGGUCCUCUCCCAGAAGAUGGUGGAGCAAGCAGCACGCGAGAAGACCGAGAAGAUCAUCAGUGCAGAGCUGCUUCGAGCAGCUAGCAAGCCAGAAUUGCAGCCACACCUGCAGAGUGUGGCACAGUCAGCCUUUGGGGGCCUCCGAACCCAGGAUAAGAAUGGCAGUGGCUCUGACAUAGAGGCCACUAGUGUCCCAGAGGAUGCUGUUCCGACUGUUGCUGCAGAACAGGAGGUGUCUCUGUCUCAGGAUGGGCUUGGUGACGGCGACGUGAAGCCAUCCAUGGACGAUGAAAAGCCUCCAUGCGACAGCUACAGCAGCAUGGAGCAUGCCUAUUCAACUGCAUCCAAGAACAAUGCUGUGUGCAACCCUUCACCACGCAAGCAUGCACGCAAGUCUCCGCUGGUGCCACGGCAGGUCGAGAGCCCUGUACUGGAAUUGAGCACAGGAGCAAAGGCACGCCUGGAGGCCCUACUCACCGAGGGGGACCUGCUGGAGGUGUCGCUCGAUGAGACUGGCCACAUUUGGCGCAUACUUCAGGCCACCAAACCACCAAGGGACCCCCUGUCCCCUUUUGAGGCUUUCCCCGAGUUUGAGGACUACUCGGAGGCUUCAAAGAGACUAGAGAAAAGAACAAAAAAACGCAAGGUAGAGCUGCCUACCGCCACGGCAAAGCCACGGCCAAAGCCAAAGCUGCAGAAGCGAGCACCAGCCAAGGACGAGGCUGGCAAUCCGUCCACAACAGCCAGCCAGGGAGUCUCAGUCACGGCCGACUCUUCAACCAAGGCAGCCAGCGGCGUCAAGAAGGUGUCCAGAGGUGGGACCGACGCAGGAAAGCAACCCGAGCGCAAGGUGCGUCCCAUCAAGAAGGUGCGCCGGGAGGACUCUGGAUCAGGUGGUGCUACCCCUGGUGACAAGGUGGUGAAACGACGGCGAGUGGCCCAUCGCCCGCGGACUGCAUCGUCAUCUGCCGAGACAGCCGAUGUGGCUGAUGAAGUCUGCUCUGCGCCAGACUGCGUCCAACCUCAAGGUGAGGCGGUAAACUGGGUGCAGUGUGAUGGAGGCUGCGAACAGUGGUUCCACCUGCUCUGCGUGGGUCUGAGCAUGAAUGAAGUGAAAGACAAUGAGGACUAUUACUGCCCGCAGUGCAGUCAGCCCGAUGCUAAAGCCUCGAGCCGCAGCAGCCAGCACGACUUUAAUGGGAACGGGGAGUCAUCAGAGUUGCCCGACGAAAUGGCAGACUCUGCAUCGCCAGUGCCAGCGGAAGCCGAAGAUUCCAGCGGCGUGACUGUUCCCACAAUCUCUGAGCCUCCGACUGCUGCUGCACUCGUAACAGCGGCCGUGUGAAGUGUUGUCUAGUUUUGUUCUUGUUGAAAUAAGUGAGGGGUGUGGGGAAUGCUGUCGCGUUUAAAGAAUUUAGAGAAACGCAUUAUCACAAAAGGUUGAGCCUCAGGUAUGGAAGAUGUGCUGUAAAAGUUGGGGAAUGAUGCGUGUUGGAUUGUGUUGUAGUGAGAUUUCAAAGUUUGUGUGGCUGCGUCGUUCCGGUCAUUGUGGUGUUCAUUAUUUUCGCGUGUGUGUAACGGGGGCAUGUGAACUGAUUUAUGGAGGGGAGCUUAUUUGAUUUCUACCCACCUGUGCAGUCACCGGCAUAUAAGCUUUUCCACCCUCGGUCCUCUUUCAUAGCAGAAUCGGGAAGCGUCCCCCGUUUCGUGUGGUUUUUUCCUUUUCAUCUUUUUCAUUAUGGCAUGAAUUGAACUGCCGCUGUUUCUUGCUCUGUGGAGCAUUCUCGUGCACUUCCGUUUUGUUCAUCAGUAAUAUCUUUCACUGCAUAUGCUGCUCUCUCUUGUUUAACAUUGCAUACUGCUGCAUAAGCCCUGCAUGCACAUCUCGUCUAUAGGUGCGUUUAGGUGUGUUGUGCUUGCUUUGCUAAGGAAGCGUUAUUGUAAUAUUGGUGCGUGGCAUGCACUUGUGCACUCGCACACACACCACACACACACACACACUUGAGGUAACACCUGCAAGCCUUCCCUCCUAGACAAACCGUCAGCAGCCAGCACCAUUUGUACAUAUAUACAUACAUUGAAUGUCAUAUACGACCUAUACGAAAACCAUAAAAAUAACAAAAAAAGGAUAAAGACCUGUAUUAUUAGAUGAUCAUGGUGCUUGCUGUUGUUCCUCACCAUGUGACCACGUUGUGUUCGUUUGUCACUUCUGGUUUAGUGUGUACAUGUACAGUCAGCAUGCAGGACGUCACACAAAAGUAAGAGCAGGUAGAGCUCUGUGGCACAAGCAUCUCUGAUCACGGAGACAUCUUGGCGAUGUUGAAGCUGCAGUUUGUUUUAGCGAGUGGUGCCCUGUUAACCAUUUAUUCGACGUUGUCAUAGCGCGCACUUUUUUCAUUCGUACAACCUCCAUUCAACCCAAUUUUGUGUGUUUCGCUGGUGCAUCCAUACAAGUAGUCAUGAUGAGGACGAACAAAACAAACAAUUGCACUGUGCCCCCUUCUCUGACAAAAUAACUUCAUUGAGGGGGGGAGGCCACGAUUUACUCUGGGUGUACACCUUUUCGUUCAUAUUUCUUGGCAUGUGCAUGAACGAGGAUAUGGCACUGCAUUUGUCAUUACUGCAUUCAUCAGCUUGCUUGUACCACUUGUAUGAUAGGUUUGAAGCUCUGGCAGAGAAAAAAAGCCACGUUUUAUUUAUUUUCAUUGUGUUAUAUUGUGGCUCCAAGGUCAAGUGAGCGAUGAGGUUUCAAACCCUUCCUCCCUUUAUUAUUAUAUAUAUAUUUUUUUAGGUAUGGUUUUGUGCAAUCCUUGUUUUGUACUUUUUUUCGUCAAGUAGCAGUGGAUCACAUAAUCGUGACUUCUUUUUUUCUGUUUGAGCCUUCUUGGUUACAAAGCAAACUGGCAAAUCAUGUUAGAACAUAUAUGUGCACCUUGCAUGGAAUCGUAGAUUUUUUUUCCGCAUGUAAUUGUGCAGGUCUGUAAAAGGAAAGUGCAUUUAUCAAAGGCUCGAGAAUUCUUUUCAUGUCGGUAAUAGCAUGGUUUACGCAGCAGAAAAAAUGUUCUUGUUCCUGUGUUUGACAUGCGAUUUCACACAAGCUGCUGUUAGACAAGAAAAUACUUGAAACUAAUUAGGUCUAUCUGUCUCUUUUUGUACAUAUGCAGUAAAAAUUUUCUGGAGAA